UACACCAACCGGAAGUAAUUGUUAGGAUUUUAUAGAAGCUUAUCGUAAUCUAAAAACAACAAAAACAAAAACAAAAAAUGUAGACUAGUUCUAGAUUCUAGACUUCUUAGCGCAUGUCAUAAUGAUAAGAUCUAGGCUUACCAAAAUAAGAAACAUAUCUCAAUGGAUUUACGAGUUUAGACCCCUGUUUUAGAAUGCAUUAUGAUCAUCAUUUGGUGAAGCCACAAGUUACUCUCUCGUCAAUGUUCUAAUUGAUGGAACAUGUGUUUUGCUAACUCUGUAACAUGACAACCUCAAUCCUUUGAGGCAGUUGUUCUGGCUUUUAUUCAUUAUGGAUGACUCAAAGACAUCAUUUUCACCAUUUAAGCCUUUCUCAGAAGACUCAUACAAGGCCCUUCUGGAACGUGAAGCCUUGUUAAAAGAGCGGGAGCUUCACAGAGCAAGACAUGCUCAAGAUGCCCAUUUAGUUGAUGGAGAAUUAAAAUUUGGGGCUCAAGAUGAUGAGGACAGCCUUCCACCAGUAAAUCCUCAGCUCAAAGAAGGAUGCUUGUUGUCUAGUGAAUUUGGUAGAUUUCCAUCUCGUUUGUUGGGAAUACCUAUUGAGGAAAUUGACCCUGGAGUUAGAGAUAAAACAUUUGUAGUCAUUGGACAAAGGUUUGGGAAAAAACCAAUCUACAGAUUUUCUGCCACCAGUUCUCUAUGUAUCUUUGCUCCAUAUAACAAGUUGCGAAAAUUUAUGCUGCGGCUUCUUGUAAAUCAAUUUUUUGACUUGGUUAUUUUUCUGACAAUCAUUGCCAAUUGUGUUUUUCUUGCUGGUGGCUCAAAUGCAACAUCUAAUGCUGAACAAAUAGAGUACAUUUUUUUAGGUAUCUACACAACGGAGUGUGUCAUUAAAAUUAUAGCCAGAGGAUUUAUAAUGAAUAAACACACUUAUCUUCGUGACCCUUGGAAUUGGUUGGAUUUCAUAGUCAUUAUGACAGCAUAUAUUACAAUUUUGGUUCAGUAUAGCGCCCAUGAUCUACCUAGUGUCAAUGUUCAAGGUUUAAGAACGUUCAGAGUACUCAGAGCACUUAAAACAGUUUCUAUUGUUCCAGGUCUUAAAACAAUGGUCAGUGCUUUACUUCGAGCAUUUAAGAUGCUUUUUGAAGUGAUCUUGUUGACAUUUUUUUGUCUGAUGGUGUUUUCCAUGUUUGGGCUUCAGAUCUAUAUGGGGUCUUUUCGCAAUAAAUGUGUUAAAAAUAUAACAGGCUACAGAAAUAAUCCUUCAGAGACUUAUGAAGACUACUACGCUGCUUGGAUCAGGAAUCAAGAGAAUUGGUAUCAAGAGGAUGAGGAGUAUGUCUUAUGUGGAAAUCUUACAGGCUCAGGUUUGUGCCCUGCAGACUACAUUUGUUUGCCUGAUAUUGGUGACAAUCCUCGCUUUGGUUAUCUCAGCUUUGAUCAUUUUGGUUGGGCCUUACUUACCAGUUUUCAGCUGAUAACCCUUGACUUUUGGGAAGAUAUUUACAAUAAGGCUAUUCGAGCAACAGGUCCUUGGAAUGUUAUAUUUUUCAUCAUUGUCAUCUUUUUUGGAUCGUUCUAUCUGAUCAAUUUGAUGCUUGCUGUAGUUUCAAUGUCUUAUGAAGAAGAAGCUGUUAGUGCAGGCAAGGAGAAAGAAAGAGAAAAAAAAGAAAAGGCCAGAAAAAAGCACAAUGCAGUGUACGACUUCAAACCUAAACGUCACAGUGCAAGGAAGUCCAUGAUGAAACACUUUGACAUAUCUAAAAGUAAAAGUAGUGGCCCUUCUGAUAGCAGCACUACAAGUUCUGCAGAAAAUAAAUCUAAUAACAACUUGCUAGAAGACGUGCAGGAGUCUGAGAGUAGAACAUCUGCAGUCGACCCAAACAGUGAUAAUAUGACUUCCACUGGAUUUAUGUCAGUCCAGCUUAGCCACAAAAAGGACACUGAAAAGACUCUUGAAUCCUAUGAUUCAGUAUUGAUCAUCAAAGCUGAUGCUCUAUUAGAUCCAGAUAUUGGGCCACUUGUUGGUCAAGUCAUCGACCGUAAUUGCAACUGCUGUGAAAAAUGGAUGUGUCUGUAUGUGCCUUUCUUGAAGAUGCAGAACUAUUUUUAUGUCUUUGUGACUGAUCCCCUGUUUGACUUAAUCAUUACUUUCUGUAUCUUCAUUAACACCUUGUUACUUUCACUGGAACACCAUGACCAGUCAUCAGCACUGACAAUAACCUUAUCUAUAUCUAACAUGAUUUUUACCAUGAUCUUCACUCUAGAGGCAAUAUGUAAAAUAGUUGGACUUGGGAAAUAUUACUUUUUAGUUGGAUGGAACAUCUUUGAUCUUCUUAUUGCUAUUGCAAGUUUACUUGACCUCAGUUUAGAACAAGUGGAUGGGCUCAAUGUCUUGCGGACAUUUAGACUGCUGAGAGUGUUUAAACUAGCCCAGUCUUGGCCGACAAUGAGAUUGCUACUGACUAUCAUUGUUAGUACUUUGGGUGCAUUGGGAAACCUUUGUCUCAUCUUAGCCAUUGUCAUUUACAUCUUUGCUGUGAUUGGUUUACAGCUCUUUCAAACACAGUACACAGAACAAGCUUUUGGUGCAGAUAAGCCAAGAUGGAAUUUUCAAGAUUUUUAUCAUUCCAUGCUGAUGAUAUUUCGAGUGUUAUGUGGAGAGUGGAUAGAGCCACUAUAUGACUGUAUGCAGGCUUCAAGUGAAAUUUGUAUGGUUGUAUUCUUGCCAGCACUUGUACUUGGAAAUUUUGUGGUCUUGAAUCUUUUUUUGGCUUUGUUACUGAAUGCAUUUGCCAGUGAUUCAUUGGACAAGCACAGGGACAGCAGUACAGAACGGUCUAAACUUAUGGAAGGAUUUGAAAGACUGCGACAGCUGCUAUGCUGUUGUUUCUCUUGUCCUAAUGGUAAGGUGACACCCUCUAGCAACACCAAAGAGUUGGCAUCUAAAGGGAAAGAGGACACAUUCAAAGAAGUUAAUAAAAAGGUAGAUUACGAGGAGAUGGAAUUGGGUAAUGUAAAUCGCAGUGCUGAUGAGGAUAGCGUAGAUCAGGAAACAGAAAGACCAAGAAGGGUCUCCAAGCAACCAUUAAGAUUACUUCCCAUUUCAAGUUUCAAGAGUGCAAUAGAAAAUAGCAGACGUUCCAUCAAUAUCUCUAAUAACUCGACUAAGGGUUAUGGAUCUGACCUGGAUGAAAUUGCCUCUGGGACUGCUACUGCAUAUCCACCAGAUGAACAAGAUUUGUCCAAAACAGCCCCCAAUUGUUUACCUAACUGGUUAAGAUCGUACUGUUCUGGUUUAGACAGUUUUAAUGAGAGCAGUUUUGGCAAAUCAUGGGCUCUGCUAAGAUUAAAAGUCAAGAAAGUUGUUGAUCAUCGAUUUUUUGAGUUUUUUAUCCUAGUUAUUAUCAUCGGUAGCAGUUUAUCUUUGGCUUUUGAAGACAUUUACCUUCCCCAGAGGAAACAAAUGCAGAAUUAUUUGAACAUUUGCAAUAUAGUCUUCUCCAUCUUGUUUACUAUGGAGAUGAUGCUGAAGUGGUUAGGGCUGGGCCUGACAGAAUACUUCACCAACUUUUGGACAAUUUUAGAUUUUUUUAUUGUAUUUACUUCUAUGCUGAGUCUAAUUGGAGAUCAGAUAGGAUUAGGAAAUGUUGAUGUUUUUAGAUCACUGAGAACACUUCGAUCAUUGAGGCCUUUAAGGGCUAUUUCCAGGUGGCAAGGAAUGAAGAUCGUGGUCAAUGCCCUGAUGAAUGCCAUACCUGCUAUCAUUAAUGUCUUCCUGGUCUGUAUGGUCUUCUGGCUCAUCUUCAGCAUCAUGGGAGUGCAGUUCUUCAAGGGCAAGUUUUUCAAGUGUGUCAACAAAACUACAGGGGAGACCAUUGUUUCUGAUGUUAUUGACACAAAGUCGGAUUGCCUGGUGAAUAGAACUGACACAAUGUGGGAGAACUCUAAUGUUAACUUUGACAAUGCUGCCAAUGGAUUCCUGGCUCUCUUUCAAGUGGCAACCUUUGAAGGCUGGAUGGAGAUCAUGGCUGAUGCAGUUGAUGCUACAGAUGUGGAUUACGUCCCCAGACGAGAGAGCAAUCAGAUAGCCUACUUGUACUUUGUUGUCUUUGUCAUAUUUGGAUCAUUUUUUUCUAUGAACCUCUUCAUUGGAGUCAUCAUUGAUAACUUCAAUGUCCUCAAAAAAAAGUAUGAAGGUAGCUAUCUAGACGCAUUUUUAACCCAAAGUCAAAGAAAUUACUACAACACAUUGAAAAAACUUGGCAAGAAAAAACCACAGAAGACUAUUAAAAGACCUAAGAACAAGUUUCAACUUUUCUUUUACAACUUGGCAAUGAGCAGUAAAUUUGAGCUCAGCAUAGUUGUCUUGAUUUUCCUAAACAUGGUCAACAUGGCGAUUGAGCAUUUCCAUCAGAGUCAAGCUGUCUCAGAAGUCCUCGAGAUGAUUAAUGUCAUCUUUACUGUUAUCUUUACAAUGGAAGCGAUGGUCAAAAUUAUUGGUCUGCGGCAUCAUUAUUUUAGAUUUCUGUGGAAUUUGUUUGACUUCGUCAUUGUGAGUGUGUCCUUGCUAGUUUUGUGGAGUAGAUAUUUUAAACCUAAUCAAUCCAGCGAUGAUAUCAUCCAAAAAAUUUUGGAUAACAUGUUUGUCACACCAACAUUGCUUAGAGUCAUCAGAGUGUUCAGAAUAGGACGCAUACUUCGCAUCAUCAAAAGUGCAAAAGGCAUUCGUAAACUACUCUUUGCCUUAAUAAUCUCCUUACCUGCAAUUUUUAACAUUGGGGCAUUGCUGUUUUUGAUCAUGUACAUGUACGCUAUUAUAGGGAUGUCUUCUUUUAACAGAGUCAAAAUCAAUGGCGUUUUUACAGAAAUUAUCAAUUUUCAAACAUUUGGCAACAGCUUCAUGCUUCUGUUGCGCCUAGCAACCUCUGCUGGAUGGAAUGACAUAUUAGAUGCCUUACUUAUCCAGUCGCCAUACUGUGAUACUCACCAGUAUUUAGUACCAGGCAGUGAUGUCCCCAUUACUGCCACUGGCGGAGACUGUGGCACACCGCUACUGGCCAUUCCCUACAUGGUCAGCUACAUCAUAAUAGUAUGGUUGAUAGUAAUAAACAUGUACAUCGCAGUCAUACUGGAAAAUUUUAGUCAGGCUCAUGAGCAAGAGGAGCUGGGUAUCACAGAGUAUGACUUUGACAUGUUUUACGUAACUUGGGAGAAAUAUGAUCCUCUUGCUACCCAGUUUAUUCGUUUUGAUCAGUUAGCUAACUUUGUUGGGGAGUUAGAGCAGCCUCUUCAGCUUCCCAAACCAAAUGAAAUAGCUUUAGUUUCAUUCAAUAUUCCCAUCAUGGAAGGAGAGAAAAUGCACUGCUUAGACAUACUAAUAGCGCUUGUAAGAAAUGUGUUAAACGAAGUGGAAGAGUCAGAGGAAUUGAAGACACUUAAAGAACAAAUGGAGGCCAAAUUUGCAGAGCAGUUUCCAGCACGAGUCAAUAUCACUGUUAAGUCAAGCACCCUGCAAAGAAAGAAGGAGGAUGUGGCAGCUAGAACGCUGCAGAGAGCGUGGAGAAGCUAUAAGGCUCACAAGGCCAUGAGAAAUAUUACAGCUCUUGCUGUACAGUUGAAAAUACGAAAAGCAAGUAAUGCUGGUUUGCGAACUCGCAGUGAGGCCAUCCGUUCUUUAGAUGCCCAUCUCAACACUGCUCUCUCCAAUUAUUUCAAGAACCUUGAUCACAAUGUAGUAGAUGCCAAUAUUUCUCAAAAUGCUGUUCAUGACUUUGAAUCAAAUCAACAUUCAUAAGAAUGUGUUCCAUCAUUUCAGUUAUGAAUAUUGUUAUAAAAAGCACAAAAUAGAACAAAUUAUUUUAAAAUAUACUGUAACCAUCUUGUUUGCCUAUAAUAUAAUUAUGGCUUGGGAAAUGUAUUUUUUAGAAGCUUUGUAAUGAGUUUUGUUCAUUGUAUUGUUUGAUAAAACUCAUUCAUUUAGUCAAAUUUAUUUUAUUCCUUCAGAAUAAAAAAAAAUCCAUCCAUAGGUAAAUUUCCUAAUUCAUAAGGCAUAUGUAGAAUAUAGAUAUGAGUUGUAAGCAUUAAGCUGCAACCUUUAUUGUUAGACACAUAUGGUUUGGUGCUUGUAAAAAUUGAUUUGAUGUCCUGAAUGAGUGGAUGAUGCAUGCUGGCCACAUCAUCUUUAAUAAAAGAUUAUGAUACUUUUAUAAGGAAAGGGUUUGUAUGCACACCUUUCUGUACUUUCUGUACAGGGUAUAGAUGAAAUUUUAAAAAAUGUUCAUUGUAGAUCAUAAUUCAGGUCAACAUUUCUAUCAAAGUUGAAAUGUAAACAUUUUGAGAAACUGUGACACUAUUUAAUUGCAUUACAAUGUCUACUUUGUCAAAGUUCUCAAUUAUCUGAUAUUUUAUACUACUAUUGUACAUAAAUGUCUACAAAUGGGCCAAGGAGCUUUCAUUUUAUAAAUUUAGAUAUUUCACAUUUUGACCAAAAAUUAAAUGUUCUGAUUUACAAUGCCACUGACAAAUCUCCAAUUAGAUUGUCUUUGUCAACUGCUUUUAUACAAAUGUAUCUAGCACCAUAGAAGAACCAGAAAGUUUAUCUGAAGGAGCACAGGCUUAAAGGUUUGAAUUCUUGAAAGUUAUGAAAACUACUCUAGUUUACAAGAUACAUUAAUAUUAUGGAUUAGUCUUCACAAUUUGACAGAUUAUUUUGUCAAAUCAGUCACAAUGAAAUGCUUGUGCCUGCAUACAAACAUAUCUCUGUAACCUAUGGGAGAGCAUGUAAAAUAUUGAUUUUAUACUAAUUUAUUACACAAGGUGAUGUGUACAUAGUUUUAUAAGACAAAUGAGUGAAAGUGAUUUUCAAAAGUAUGCAUCCAUUGGUUGAGCCAGUACAUCAGAGUACAAAUACAAAAAAAAAAAAAGGUGUACAAAAUGUUUUAAAUGGUAAUUGUAUGACUUAUUUAAAUAUGAUUUUUUUUUCACAUACAAUGUUAUGGAUGAAUUUAUGAAAGUCUGAAGAACCCUAGGUAAUAAUGUGUUGACCACAGUAGGAUUGAAUCAUCAUACACAGAAUUGUUUAAACCUUUUCUUCACCCAAGACUUCAUCUCUCAGUGUCAUUCAUCCCUUAUCCAUGAGCAUAUACUUCAUCUCUCGGUGCAUCCACCCCCCUCCUUAAAACACACACACACAUUACUUUUAUUUUCCCUCUAAAAAGAAGAAUGCCAUCACUUCACUUUGAGAGUAGCUCCAAAAUGAGCCCUAGGUUGUGAAAGCCAUGAAUGAGUCUGUGAAGUGAAGGACAUCUGGUUCAUCAAGGGGUUUGAUGUUGUAGUUUUGUUGUGUGUAGGACAAGGCAGUAGUCUGUCUGACUCACAUUGGUUCUGAUGUUUACAUUUUUAUGCCUUUGUUGUAAAUAAAUAUUUCUAUUUUUAGCUGUUUUUUUUUAUGGCAAUAAACUUGAAUAAAUCAA